AUGGCCGAUGUCAAGACAAACGGCCAUGUCGUUUGGGAUCUUACCUCGCCGAGUUCCAAUGACGAGAGAUCCGAAUAUUUCUCUCUCGCCGACCCCCUGCCGCCCUUUUCCUUGCUUACCUCGGACGAGGAGCGGGAAAGGAAAGCCGAGGCGGUUAGUCCCGGCACGUACCAUGUCGUUAUGACGCCCGACAGUUUCUCCUCACUGCCAGAAUAUGCAGAUGAUACCGAGAGAUCUAGAUCAAAGCCCGCCAGCGAGUGUAGGAUCUCUGCAACCAAUAGCCCCGGUGCACCUAAUAGCGAGCGCAGUGUAACAGAGGAUCCGAACGUGGUGAUUCUGAAGACCUUCGAGGAUGUCAAUCGGCGCUCAUCUUCCACCGGGAAGCUGUCGAGGAUCUCUCCGACCUCCGAGAUUUCAGAUCCAUUCGGCAACUUGUCCCUCUCCCCGGGCUUCACUGCGCUUCCUUCGCCAGAUGUCAAAUUAGAGCCGAUGACCUUCCUGGAUCCGCGUCUUGAUCAGCAAAGCCAAGAUUCUAAGCUCUUUUCCCACUUCCGUCAUGUGGUGUGGAGGCAGUUGUUCCCUCACGACCAUCGAUUGGAUGAUUCGUCUGGAUCUGAUAGCCAUUUCAUGACACUCAGCAUGGACUUCUUGGAGCAGGAAGCCAUCCAUUUCCCUCCUCUUUCCCAUGCUAUGAUGGCUGUAUCCGCCCUUAGUCUCUCGCACAGCGGCACAGGUCACAAUGUCGAUGCGCUACAAUACUAUCAGCAAGCUUUCCCUUCACUUCAAGUCAGCCUACGGAACAACGACGAUCUCGUGUCCGACGGGCUAUUUCUCACCCACUUCCUGCUUCUGAUCUAUGAGGUAAAGGUUCAUAGUUUGAGCUUCUCUGGCCUACGUACUAACCUCCCUCAGGUCGCCGCUGCUGAGCCACAUGGCUCAAACCUCUGGUCUCACCACAUCUCUCGACUCCUUCACAUCGCAUUCCUUCGCCGGGCCAAGUAUGGCCGGGAACCCCACCCAUUCAUCCUCUGGUGGGUGUGCCACAUCGACUUGUACGCUUUGUUCAGUGGCGCAGGAACGGGCGAGUUCGUACAGGCUGUCAUCGAACAUCAGAUGCUCCCUGGGUCUGGAAGUCUUCUCUAUCCCUCUGCUCCAGAAGGCUACAGUGUGAUCUACCCCGACGAGCACGAGAGCUUACCGGUCAUCAUGCGCUUAUACCACGACACAUUCCGACUGGCCGCUCAACUCGGCCUCUUGGCUAUACGACUCCGCCACGAUAAACAGAACCUACCAUACGAAGAGUUCAGUCAGAGAUUACAAGAGUUAUAUGACCUGCGUCAGGCGUUCGGGCCGUUGUGGGAGUCUCCCGAUGUUGCCUUCUUGCAUCAACACCAGGACAGUCUCCCUCGGCGGUCUCGGGAAAUCAUGCAGCAGGUCAGUGUUUUUUUCCCUUUCCUUUCUCAUUCCCCUGAUCUAUCGCACAAGCUAACCCCCUUCCAGUCAGCGACAUUAUACCACGCCUGUCAACUCUUCUCCUACAGCAGCAUGUGGCCCGGGCAACGCGGCGAGUCCGAGUUCUCCCAAGAUGGAGAAAUCGACCACCACGCAACCGAGAUCCUGCGCUUGGCCGAGCGCACCGCACACACCCGCCGGGCCGAUCGACAUUUCCUAGUGUUCCCGUUGUUCCUGGCAGGUGCUACGGCGUCAGCCAGCGGACUGAAAAUGAUGGCUAUGGAAUUGAUGACGAGCAUGGAAGACGAGGAAGACGGGUUGGGCCGUAAUACUGCAACGACACGUGCUAUUCUGCAGGUUGUCUACGAGCGACAGUUGGAGCGACUCAUGCGUGUGGGUCGUACUUCUGAUGUUGAUUGGUCUGAUCUCAUGGCUCAGGAGGGUCUUCAGAUGGUCAAUUUCGGGUUUUGA